UUCUAUAUUCUAUAUUCUUCAAUAUUCCAAGCUAGACGACAUUUCUAGUUCUCUAACCAAGUGAAACUUUCAGUGAGGAACUGUACCUGCCUCUUAGCGACUAGGGAUGCCCAGCAACACGUAUCAACCUGAUCAUGGCGACCUGCAUCAGUUUCACACUGUGGCUUUUCCUGGCCCUCUUAUGAGCAAUAAGAUGCAGAAAGAGGACCUGUUGAAGUUUAUAGAGUGCCAAGUAGAGGAGUCUCUCAGUCGGAUUAAAGAACUUCACCAAAUGGAGGCCUACUUCUUUUGGCAGAUUAUGGACUUGUUCUGCCGUCAGAACGGAGAAGUGAUGAUGGCUCAAGUCACCACUAUCCUCUUCAAGGGAGACGGCUUAAUUAAGAAGAAGCUGAGAGGAACCGAGGACCUGAAGUACUGGUUCCUUUCUCUGGCGCAACUUUUGUGCUCCUCUGCCCCAGAUGAUGAGCGAAGAGAAGCCGUGAUUCAGAUGGGAGAUGAUCUCGCCUUCAAAGGACUGACGUUCGCAGCGCACAUCUGCUACGUGGUGGCAAAAGUGGAGCUGGGGACACGUAGUCGAUUCGAAUUGAUCGGAUGUGACAAGUAUUUUGUGCCAUUCGGUCUGACAGUCCUGACUUCAGCCGUUGAGAGAACCGAGGUUUACGAGUACGUGCUGUCUCUGACCUCAGGCCUGGCCCAGCCAAACUUCCAGAUCUUCAAGUUGUCUCACGCCAACCGGUUCGCCCAGGCUGAAUUUCCCAAGGAAGCCAUGCAGUAUUGCGAGACCAUCGCCAGGGCAGUCAUCACUUUCCCCGGCAGAAUCAAAAGAAGCUUUGUUAAACGGCUCGUUUUGCUGUUUAACAUGCUGCAAGAAGGGGCAGAAGGACAAGAACCUGUGUGGCUGCUAGAGCUUUGCCAGCUGUAUAAAAUCAAAGCCACUGAUGCAGAUGCUAAUUCUGACUCAGAGCAAUACUCAACAUCUACCGGCUCUGAAAUGGAGUGCAACUUUCAGACCUCAGAAAACAGCUCGAUGAGUGACAAGACCAUCGCUCAGCAGUCUCCUGACGUGGAGCGGCCUGACCCAGAGAUCGUGUUUGCGUCACGGUACACCACGGGAGAGCUGCUGAGGAUGGGAAGCUUCGGGUCUGUCUACGCAGGCAUCCGUGUGGAAGACGGGAAAGAGGUUGCCAUCAAAACGGUGGGCAAGAACAUCGUGACCAACAUCUUGAUCGAUCCCAGAGAGAGGCGUGAGCUGCCAUUGGAGGUGGCUCUAAUGGAGAUGGUGUCCAAGCCACCUCGCUGCAGCAACGUGGUGGAGCUGCUGGACUAUUUCGAAAUGCCCGAUCGCAUCGUCAUGGUCCUGGAACGACCCAGCCCCUGUAUGACCCUCAGAGAUUUCGCCAGACUUCAGGACGGCUCUCUGACUGAAGCACAGACACGAGACAUCAUGCAGCAAGUGGUUCAAGCGGCUCGUCACUGCUGUGACCGCAAAGUGUUACAUCGCGACAUCAAGGCCGAGAAUCUGCUCAUCAAUACGGACACGAUGCAAGUCAAAAUAAUAGAUUUUGUCUACGGAGACUUACUGAAGGACACACCGUACAGAAAGUAUGCAGGCACUCGUGCUUUCUGUCCUCCUGAGUGGCUGAUGUUAGGAAUGUAUGAGGGCAUUCCUGCUACCAUCUGGGGUCUGGGAAUUCUGAUGUACAACUUGGUCUGUGGAAACUACCCCUUUAGAUCCGACAGAGACCUUGAAGGCGGUCGACUGGACUUAUGUCCUGGUGUGUCUCGAGAUUUCUUCGAACUGAUGAUGUGGUGCCUGGAGUUCGAGCCUACUUUGCGCCCGUCCUUUGAGGACAUCACCAGGCAUGAGUGGUUCACGGAGGGAGUCCAGAUCCUUUCUGGAACCAAUGAUGUGGCAACAGCCUGACCAUGUACUGCAAAACACACACACACACACACACACACACACACACACACACACACACACACACACACACACACAAAUAAUUAAAAAAAACAAAUACAAAUGUUUUAGACAGACAAUAAGUGUUAUUCUGUGUCUAAAACAUUUCUAUUUGUUUUUGUUUUUUUCAAUGUGUUGUUUGCUUUGUCAUAUUAAAUGUAGAAAAAGAUCUGACAUGA